AUGUUGGAGAUAACUUCAGUUUCAAGCUCUACUAGUGUAUUGUAUUCUAGCUUAUCCGAUCUACGUGCAUUAAUAAUCCUUUAUUGGCAACCAAAAACAGUAUAUUUAUUCAAUGGCUGUACGGUGAGAAUGAAUGACUUUCUGAAAGAGCAUAUUAAAUCUGUAUCUGGGACAGUUUUGGAGCUCAUUCAAGAAGGAGUAUUUUCGAAUGUAACCGUUGUCAUCAGUGGUUAUGAAUUCAAGUCUAACAGUCUACUCUUGGCUAGCUCGAGUGACUAUUUUAGGGCAUUGUUCAGUUUUCAACAAAAUUCAGUUGAAGAACCUCGUUUGGAAAUCAAAUGUGAUUACGUUUCACAUGUUGGUCUCAGCCAUGUUAUGUUGUUUAUCAAUUCGAUUGGCCAAGUUCAUGACUAUAUUCCUACUGAAGAUUAUCAGGAUGUCUAUGUCGCGUCAAGCUUCCUACAAGUACACUGUCUUCAAAAAAUGAUGAGUCUUCGUUUGGAAGGAACUCUCUGUACAGAUAAUGUUCUUAAGAUUAUGAAUUUGGCACACUUGUUCGAUGAUGAGUCGUUAUUUAAAAAGGCCAUAUUAUUCCUCUGGCACGAAUUUCAACUAAUCGAUUAUUUCUCAAGUGAUUUUGUUAAUUUAACUACCAAACAGAUCACAAAAAUAUUUCAAAGUGAUCAAAUCAAUAUAUCUCAGGAACGUGUUGUGUUGGAAGCAAUACUUGUAUGGCUUUGUCAUGAUGUUACACGUCGGAUGGAGUUUUUCAAAAAUAACUUUCUCCAUCUUGUAAGAUUACCUUUGAUAACGAGAAAUGAAUUGAUGGAAAUAAUCAGUAAUCCAAAAUACUCUGCAGCUAAUGAUGCUUUACAGUUAUUAUUUUUGGCACAUAAUUCUUUAAAUCAACCAUCAUAUCUUAAUGAAUUAGAAAAAAUUUCAAUAUCAGAUAUUUGGGGUAGUCAAUAUUUAAUGAAUUUACUUAUAGAUCCUAAACAAUGUAAACCAAGGGUUGGAACUAUAUAUCGUGUCUAUGGACUUGGAGGAGAAAGUGGUUUCAAUAACAACGCUUCGGCUUCUUAUGGGUUGCAGUCAAAUGAAUUUAUGAUGUAUAAUGAAGAUUUAAGUGUCGCUACUAAAUAUACACCUCCGUAUGCUGCUUCAAGAGUUCAUCAUGGUGUAGCUGCUUCUCUUAAUUGGAUGUAUGUAGUAGGUGGCGAAUCUGAAGAGGGUGAAUUGUUAAACCAUUGUUCACGUUUUAGUUUAACAGAUCUUGUUUGGCAUACAAUGAGUGAAUUGGACUCUCCUAGAUCUCAUCAUACUUUAAUAUGUAUUGAAAAUUAUUUAUAUGUAUUUGGUGGUUAUUGUUUAAAUUGGGCAACAAAUUAUUCACCAGCUAGCGAUUCAAUUUUAACAUAUGAUAUCUGUACAAAUAAAUGGAAUAAUUCAAAUCAUAAAUUACCAUUUGCUUUAGUAGAUACAUGUGCAUUACUAUUAACUCAUAAAGGUCUUAUUAUGUUUGCUGGUGGUCUUGAAGAAUAUGGUGAUGAAAUGCGUCCGUCUGAUUGUGCUUUUCUAUAUGAUCCGACAGAAGAAGAUGGAGAAAAUUUCAAGUUUCUACCAAAACUACCAAUGCCUCUGAUCAGUGCGGCAUUGGCUUGUGACACUGUAGAAAACCAAGUAUUUUUGUGCGGCGGUCGAAUCAGUGUUUACGGCUCGGAACUUAGUGAUAUUUCAAAUAAAGUAUUCUGCUUUAAAUUUAGUACAAAUUGUUGGACUCAGGUCACUGUACUAGAUUUUCCACGUUACAAUGCUUUCUCAUUUGUACUAUACGAUAAAUUAUAUGUGAUUGGUGGUAUUACUAUUGAUGAAGUCAUUGAAAAUACACCGAGUUCAUUGUUAGCUUCGUUGAUCAAUGUUGAUUAUGAAGAUUCUGUGAUGGAUAGACAAAUAACUACUACUGAUAAUGAUCGAAAUAUUUCUCUUAACUUGUUAGAACAUUUUUCUGUCGGAAAUUAUAUUCGUCCGAAUAUCCUACAAGCUCCAUUUAGACCAUGUCAUUUCGCUGAAGGUUGGCAGUUAAGAUUACCAUCUUCGACAUCAUCAAAUAGCUUGCAUAGAACAUCAACCCAGUCACGCCCCAAACGUUUGAAAUUAUCACUUGCUAGAUAUGCAAAUCAUUCACCUGUUAUAUCAAGAUGUUAUGCAGUUUAUUGUAUAGCUCCAUAUUUAAACUGUAUGAAGUAG